GGGGUUCGUUUAAUUGAUGAUUCGUGUGAGUGCUUGUGUGUUUCUACCGGCACCCCACCCACAAAGCCGUAGACUCGCGAGACUUCGUUAAAAAGUCUGCUGUCGAAUCGUGGCUGCAGCUGUCGCAACUGUAAACAUUUUGCGGCAAGCCGUAUUCCAGGGAGUACAGCGGGACUCCACGUGAAUGUGGGAAAUGUGCAUAUAAAGUGUUGAUUUGACUUCUUUGUGAUUCCUGUUGUGAAGCUUUAGCCCCUGCUGUGGCAGCAUGCUGUAUCUGAUCGGCCUGGGGCUCGGAGACGCCACCGACAUCACGGUGAAGGGUCUGCAGGCGGUGAGGAGCUGCUCCCGGGUCUACCUGGAGGCCUACACCUCCGUUCUCACCGUAGGCAAAGAGGCGCUGGAGGAGUACUAUGGGAAGCAGCUGAUCCUGGCAGACAGAGAUCUGGUUGAACAAGGAGCUGAUGAAAUCCUGGAGAAUGCAGAUGUCACUGAUGUGGCUUUUUUGGUGGUGGGCGACCCAUUCGGAGCUACCACACACAGUGACCUGGUGCUGAGAGCAGUGAAUGCUGGGAUACCAUACAAAGUCAUUCACAAUGCCUCUGUCAUGAAUGCAGUGGGCUGCUGUGGUCUGCAGCUGUAUAAUUUUGGGGAGACGGUGUCUGUGGUGUUUUGGACCGAGACGUGGAGACCAGAGAGCUUCUACGACAAAAUCUGUAAAAACAGAAAAGCUGGACUGCACACGCUCUGUCUACUGGACAUUAAAGUCAAAGAGCAGAGCAUUGAGAACAUGAUGAGGGGCAAGAAGAUCUACGAACCUCCUCGGUUUAUGACAGUCAGUCAGGCUGCAGAUCAGCUAAUACAGAUCAUCCAUCGGAGGAGGGAGGAGGGCGAGGAGUUGGGCAUGACGGAGGACACAGUGUGUGUCGGCGUGGCCCGACUCGGCUCUGAUGACCAAAUGAUUCGUGUAGGAACAUUACAUCAGCUGGUGUCAUGUAACCUCGGCGCUCCGCUCCAUUCGCUGGUCAUCACUGGUCGACUCCACCCGCUGGAGGUGGACAUGCUGCGACUAAAUGCAGAACCAAACGCACUGGAAAACCUUCACAUGAUCGACAGCUCAGUGUACAUCUCUUGACACACAAGCAUUUACCUGCUUGUCUACAAGUACCAUUUGUGACAUAAUGCAUUCAGGCCCCAAACAAUAACCUGAUCACACCCUGAAGCAUCCGAUCACAUCCUGAAGAACAGUUGCGAUGUUUCAGUUUAGUUGGUUCUCAAAGACAGCAAUACAAGGCCAAACAUAAUCCUACUCAAGACUCAGUGGCUUAAUCCUAAUCACUAAAACUAAGACCGAGCCU